CACGCUCGACCGACGACCUCGCGUUAUCGCCCGCGGUGACGCGAUACGCUGAAAAGGUCACCAGUCGCCACUCCACUCGCCAUCAUCCGCUAAUGUCUUCGCCAUCUAAACAGUUGCAGUUUCGACAUAGAAUCCCAUAAGUACGCCGUGAAAAAAAUAUUGUUGCGACGUGGCGUCGUGGUGCGUAGCGGCGUCUCGCUCGCGCGCCCGCCGCGUCCCGCUCGGCUCCGCCCCCCUCCGACCGCAGCGCCGCGUAGCGGCCGCGCCGCGAAAUGUACACGUCGCCUAUACAGCGUUGCCAUUCCGUACCUAUAAUUUCGCUGGACGUAAAUUUCAACCGAAACAGUUCAAUGGACUUUUCGAAAACUCUAAACGUGUCAUUUUACGUAAAAAGUCCUGUGUUACAUAGAUUAUUGUAGGGAGUGGUGUGUGACCGUCUGUUUUGUUGAAAUUAGUGAUAUUUGAGUGUGAGUUGCGUGUCCGUGCUUGUAAUCCGUGAACGAAGUCCCGUUGGGAGAUAUCACGUCUGUUUUUGGCUCUAAGGUUAUCGGUGCAGUGUCGUCGGUCGUGUCGGUCGUGUGCAGUGGUGUGUCGUGUGCAUCCGUGUUUGUGUGUGUUGUGCGACGUAGCGCCGGUAUGGCGCGCAGCUAGCGAGCCGCGCCCGCCGCGGCAUGCGCGCCGCCUAGCCAUGCCUGCUGCGCAUCACGAGCCAUGGCGCAGUACUCGCAACGGACACAGCCAAUGCACAGGUACAACGAGUUCAAAAUCGCUCAUGUCACUGAUCCCUCGGCGCAGAGGCCCGGGCAGACGGAUCACGGGCACGGCGGCGGCGCGCUGGCGUACGGCGGGAAGCCGGCGGCGGGGGGUGUGGUGGCGCCGCCGCAACCCAGACCACCCCCCGCGGCACCCUAUGCCCCACAGCCAUACGCCCCAGCACAGCUGCGUCUGCACCAACCAGGAUAUGGAUCAGCGCCAUUAUCAUACAGGGACAGUAGUUACGUCCGUGGUGGCGGUGCGGUGGGGUCGGUGGGGGGAGUUGGCGCCGUGGGAGCGGGCGCGGUGGGGGCUGGCGAGUACCGCGGCGGCCGAGUGUCUCUGCUCGGCGCGGCCUACCUCCCGCCACCCGCGCCCGCAGCGCACCACCCGCCCCCCGCUGACCCACCGCCUUUCAAGAAGAUCAGGCUCACAGCUGAACGAACACCGCUGCCACAUCACCAGCCGCUUAGGGUUGAUACUAGGGAGCCGGUGAACCAGUAUAGCACAGUAGAAGUCCUAUCUCCUAAUCCGCCAUCAGAUACCACGAUGGAGGACCAGAGCUUUAGAACCACUAAGGAUGACUUAUUACAACAAAUUUCCAAGGUGGACAGAGAAAUGGCGUUAUCAGAGUCAACAUUAUCAAAAUUAAAGAAGAAACAAGAAGAAUUAGAACAGACUGCCUCGAAACCGGCACGGGCAGAAGAACCAGAAGAAACUGUACCACGCCACAGAAGUUUAGCACAAUGCGUUUACGCAGAAAAUAGGAAAAAGGCUUCUUCGGCUCACGCAGUCCUGUCCCACUUGGGCCCGCCCGUCCUCUACCCACUGUACAACCAGCCCCAAGACACAGAAAUAUAUCAUGAAAACAUCAGGCGACAUCGGACGUUUAGGAAGCGACUAGCUGAACAUAUUAGGAAACUUAAACUAGAAGCUGAAAAGCGUGAAGAUGCAUUAGCGGAAGCGUACAGCAGAAGAGCAGCGGACUGGUUGAGACGAGUGGAAAGGAUAGAGCAGGGACAAAAGAGGAAAGCUAAGGAUGCGAGGAACAGAGAGUUCUUUGAGAAGGUAUUUCCAGAAUUAAGAAAGCAAAGAGAAGAAAGAGAAAGAUUUAAUAGGUUAGGUGCUCGGGUGAAGUCAGAGGCGGAACUAGAGGAGAUCGCGGACGGUCUGCAUGAGCAGGAACAUGAGGAUAAGAAGAUGAGGUCUUUAACCGUGGUCCCUCCUCUAUUGAGGGACCCCAGCGAUACCACGCCCGUUUACAUCGAUACCAACAGACGAUGUAUGGACAUGGAGGCGGAACACAAAGAGUUACAACUGCGAAACGUUUGGUCUCAAGCGGAGAGGGAGCUCUUUCGUGAGAAAUACCUGCAGCAUCCGAAGAACUUUGGUCAGAUUGCGUCGUUUCUACCGAGGAAGAGCGUUAGGGAUUGUGUCAGAUUCUACUACUUAUCGAAAAAGGCGGAGAAUUACAAACAGUUACUAAGAAAGCCCAGACAAAGGCGGUCGGCGCGAAAUCCUCCAAGAGCGCAGCCAGAGCCUGAACUGCCAGCUGGAGUGACCACCAGGCUACAACGGAGUCAGGCCGUCUCCCUAGGAACGACGGCUCGGACGGAAAACAAGGAGCAGAGUAUGGAAGAAAGUAUGCCGCAGGUCACUGACCCUGUUACCUGCAUACCUAUACCUACUGCAGCUCCUGCGCAACCGCCCAGGUCGGAGUUAACAAGAACACCGCCAUUACCGCCGUCCCCGCCGCCAGCGUCGUCAGCGCCUACGCCGGUGACGUCAACGCCGACGCCGCUCUCAGUGGCGGGCAGUCCGGCGGCAGCACCAACUCCCCCGGCCGUUGACGUGCCGCUACCGCCCGCGACAACGGCAGAAGUCACGCUAACUAUUACUCCUGUUUCGACACCAAUUACCACAAGCGCAGCGAGUGCAACGGCAUCAUCGCCGGCGCCGGUGACGUGUAUAACGUCAACGGCGGCGGUGGCCGCCACGCUAACGGCACCGGCAAUAUCUGGCAAUGUCAGUGGGACCGGCAGUGCCAGCGGCAGUGGCAGCGGGAGUGCCCCGCCCACGCCACAACCGGCACAACCACCCACACCUACACAACCUCCGCCCACACCAGAAACUGCCGUAACAGAACGCAUCGGAACACCAUCUUCAACUGCCACAAUCACCACAACGACGAUAACAACAACAUCAUCGAACUGUGCCGUUUGUAACAACUCAGGAGCCAACCACCUGGUCUCAAGGUCACAGGCUGUGCACUACGGGCUUAAGGAAGAAGCCGUAGGGGCCAGGGUCUGUGAGGCCUGCCAUAGUAGAUGCGUCAGGUCUCGAUACACAAGGUGUCCCGUCCCCACGUGUCCAGGGCCCAAGGUCAGCCCCAAAAGACUUAGGCAUCUACCUCCACGGUGGCAUGACUUGAGUUUAGAACAGAAGAGGCCACUUAUGGAAGAGUUCGAAAUCCCAAGCGAGUUAAGCAAGUGUUGUUUCGUUUGCCACAAGACUAUAACGAAGAGGUUAGAAGCGUUAGUGGAGGGAGGGUCAGCGCCCGAACCCACGGAGGAGGAGGCGGCUCGGUUCCGGGCGCUGCUUAGGGAACACGGCACCGCAUGGGACCGGAUAGCAGCCGUUAGCGGCAGGACUCCGGCCAGCUUGAAGGCGUUCUACUUUACUUAUAGGAGAAAGUUACAACUAGACACAUUAGUAGCGGACCGUCCAGCGUCGGCGCGGUGUAGCUCGAGCGAGGACAGUGCGCUAUCGUCGGCCGACACAGACACGGCCAGCGGGGGCUCGCCGGCGCGCGCCCCGCCCGCGCAGCCCGCCCCCGCGCCCCGCACCGACGCCGUCGCCCCACGGAGACCCCGACGAGACGAGUACGACUCCUCGGCUACUGAAACUGCCGACGAAGAAAACGAUGCGCCAAGCGCUAAGAUCGUUCCCCCUACGUCAAUCCCGACGGCGGUGUCAGCAGCCACGUCAUGUAGUCCGGUGACCGUGGUGUCGUCCGGCACGACCACGGUACCGGUGGUCAACCGGAUGACGGGCGCGCCGCAGACCGUGCGGGAUGUGGUACUCAACCUCAUAGAGAUCAGCCUCACCAAGGACAUGCCGAGUCAGCACCCCGGUAUCAAGCAUCAGAUCAAGUCCCGUGUCCAACAGGUGACGUCUGCAUGCGCGAGUGGCCGCGAGGCGCUGGCGACGCUGAGCGUGGUGAACAGCUCGCACGUGGGGGCGGCGGGGGCGACGGGCGCGGCCAGCCCGCAGCGCGCCGCCACCAUCACGCCCGUGGCGCACGUGGCGCCCUCCAACGACAAGGACGUCAUGCUGCUGCACAUAGAGCCGCGCCCCGAGCGCCCGGAGCGCCCCGAGCGCCCCGACCGCCCCGACCGCCCCGAGCGACACGAACAGCUCCUCAUACGGCACGACCGACACGAACCCUUGCUCGAUCUCAGCGUCAAACGGCCGAGGCAUGAUCAGCCGUUCUCACACCCUAAUAAAUCGGUAUAUCGAAACUCAACAGAAUACCGGCCACAGCAGGAAAGGGAAUCUCCUAAUCAGUACAAUUCUAAGCCUAAAACCGUCGGAGCGCCCCCUAGACCUCAAGUAAAGGCGUCACCUAACCCUAAAGGCUCGAUAACGCUCGGGACCCCAGUGGAAACGAGGUUCGAGCCUCAUAGAAACCCUCCAGAGCCCAAAACGGGGUCCAUCACAGCAGGGACCCCGGUACACCCUCAUCACUUACCCGACAAGCGAACCCUGGAGUUCUACAAGAGAAGAAGUCCAGGUGGACCUGGGGCGUACUACGCGGCGACCAGUAGUCAACCUAGGCCGCAAUCCCCUUCAUUUUCACCUACCGGCUACACCCGUAAUCCAUAUGGGCCAGAGCAGCGUCAGAUAAUCAUGGCGGACUUCAUAACGUCGCAGCAGAUGCACAGCGGGGCGAGACGAGACCGGGAGCGGGCAGCCAGCCCACAAUACCGCAGGGAUGCGAGGGAUGCACGGGAUGCGAGGGAUGCAAGGGAUGCGAGGGAUGCCUCCGUCAUACAGAGGCAUACACCCCAUGCGUACCAUGCACACCCACAUCCGCCACCCGAGGAGCGCGCGGCAUCCCCGCAGUACCGACAACGCGAUGCUCUAUCAGUAAUACAGCGCCACUCCCCCCAACAUGUCUACCCACACCAGCAUCCGCAGCCGCCGCCAGGACACGAAGCAUUCACAUCGCUAGUGGACGUGGCGUCGGCGGCGACAGCUCUACCCGUCCCUCGCGGCUCACAGGCCGAGGGUAAGCAGGACAACAAGCAACAACAGCAGCAACAACAACAACAACAGCAGCAGCAGCAACAACAGCAACAGCAGCAACAGCAACAGCAACAACAUCAUGACCUCAGGUUUAUGGCGCAAAAAUUCCCUCUAGGCUCUCAAUUUACGCAAAUGAUGGAUAGAAGAGUACAAUCCCAACCCCAGUAUAUAGAGCGGGAUAGACAGCUACAAAUGCAGAGGAGAGACGCCGAGAGGGCGAUCCAAGCGAUACACGAACGGCAACAUGCGCUGGAACAACAGCAUCAGCAGCACCAACAGAGCCAGCACCAGCCGCACCAGCCCCAUCAACCCCACCAGCCCCACCACCAGCCCCAUCACACCACGGCCGCACAGAUACUGCACGACCGACACCACAUGCAACACUCCAUUCACGCGAUGCAGGAGCGACAAGCCGAGCAACAACAACAACAACAACAGAAGCAACAACAAAUGAUACAAGAAAGACAUCAACAUAUUAUGAGCGUAUCCUCGCAGGAUGGAGAGCGACGCAUGAUCCAGUCAGUGACUUAUAGCACGCCAGGCAAACCCAGGGCGCAAACACCGCAUCAUAUCGACAGGAAGGAUGCUCGCACAGUGGUAUCGACAGUGACAGUAGGGCCGGCGGGGGCGGGCGCGGCGGGCGCUGCGGGGGCGGCGGGGGACGGUCGCGCGCGCCCCGCUGAGGGAACCCUCACCGCAGCCUCGCUCAUAGACGCCAUCAUCACGCAUCAGAUCAGCCAGAGCUCCGAUCAGAGGUUCCCGCAACAGGAACGCGUGGAGCGUGGAGUGGGCGUAGGUGUAGGCGUAGGGGCCGGCGUGGGCGUAGGCCCGGCGGGGGGCGCAGGCCCAACUAGCGAGGAGCCGGCGGGACACACGACGUCCAUCAAGCUGGGCGACCUGGCCUCCAACAUCAUCACCCGGGACUUCUGCAGCCCCACCACCUCCGUCAUGCACCACAAUAACAGAUUCACAGUGGGCAACUCGGAGGGCUACGUGGCUGGCUCGGCGGAGGAGUGGAAGCGCCGCGACGCGCCCAAGCACGCGCCCUACCUGGAGCCGGUCAGCCCGCCUGACAACCAUCCCGCUAACAGAAACAACAGUAACCGACGUUACAGUUGCGUGGGCUCAUCCUCGGUGGGGGUCGGCGUGGGGGUGGGCAGCGGGGUGGGGGGUAGUGGGGCGGGGGGCGGCGUACUGACGGCGUUUGAUUACGUUACGAACCGUAUAGUGGAGGUGAUGCGGUCCGACGCCGACGAGCGAGCCAAGCCACUCGCAUUCCCUACCACUGCAUACGCGUAUCCUUAUUCAGCGCUCAAUGUACAGGCUGCCGGGGAUGCGGCCCCGAACAGUACGGCGCCGAGUACGUCGGCCCCGCCGCCCGCGGCGCCGCCGCCGCCGGAGCCCGCGCCGCUCAUGUCCGCGCAGUACGAGCCGCUCUCGGACGAGGACUGACGCCCCCCGCCCGCCGCCCCGCGCGCCCCGCGCCUCCCGCCGCCCGCGCCCCCGCGCCCCCGCGCCCCCACUGCCUCCGCCUAGCAGCGGCGCUGCUCCGUCAUCACGCGCAUCCACUCGCCCUGACAGAGGGGGGCACUGCGGGGCGUAGGGGGCGCGGGGCGGCCUCACCCGAGCCAGGACCGACGCCUGGGUACACGGCCAGUCGUACCCGGCGCUACUUUCCAUGUUUAUCGUUCAUUGUAAACUCAUGUAAAUACGUACGAAGUUUUUCUACAAACUGAUUGUUAUAGUGACGUGUAUGUAGUAUUCUGACAGAAGACAUUGUACACAACCUGACGUACCGGGUGCAUUUCGUGUGGUCUCGGUCUCGAGUGCAGACCCCGAUGUAAUCGUGUGAUGUAUACACGAACGUACUAAAUUGUAUAUUUAUAUCUUGUUUUGUAAUGCAGGGAUUAAAUACCGUUCAUGUGUUGUGGGAGAGCUUUAAAUGUCCGGUAGUAAGCGAUUUGUUUGACGAUCACGUCGGCGGCACGUCCGCGCCACGUCCGCGCCACGUCCGCGCCACGCACGUGGCCCUCGAUACGCUUAUGAACAUUAUAUGCUGUCGAUUAGUGAGAAUACGAUUAUGAAUUGUUAUUUAUUUAGUUACGAAGAUGUUUCUGUAUUUGGUCGAGCAAGAGUAGAGUGCGCAAGUAGCGAGAAGGUAAAUCCAGUCUUCCAUCUCCGCCCGACAGUAGGCGCCAGACUCGUCCAGCUCCUGUACAUUAGUAGCGCGCGAGCGACUCUCACGACCACUACACCUUUUGUAUUGCUUCGCUUCGGAUUUCGCUGUCGCCUCAUCCACUAGGUUAGUGUACGCGUAGUUGAAUUGAUCAUUUGUUACUCUCGUAUUGUAAAUACCAUUAUCUCGUUCGUUCCAUGUAAAGUUUGUGUAUAUCGGCCCGCCACAGCGAAGUCCGGAACGGUCUCCGAGCUGAUUGAAAUCGAAACCAGACUCGACUCGGGAACUGUACACCUUACUGUAUAGCGUAACGUUACGAGUAGCCUAAGUUAUAUAAAUUAUAUACAUAUGUAAAAGUGUAUGGUUAUUAUGUAUAUGCAUUUGUAAUUAUACAGGUUAGCUAAGAGUUGAAUUAGAGAUUUGAUUUGGUUUUUUAGUUAGGAGGGCCCCCGAGGCCGGUAUAAAUAUAGCGGGAGAGGAGAGCGCCGCCGCCGCCGCUCCACGAGCCGCGCCCAGUGCGGGGGCCGCGCCCCGUGGGGCUCUGCCCCCUGAGGGGCUCUGCCCCGCCACCUCCGCACCGCCGGAGCCAGCCUGUCACGUCAGUUUUAUGACUACCUCCCUGUUGUAUAAAGACUACCCUCCCGACUUGACUAUAGUAUUAAUGUAGGCGGGUACUGAGCAGCGCGCGGUGUUUUUGUAAAUGUUUUCGAGUUAUGUGUAAAAAACGACUGAUUAAAUUUACUUUGAGCGAGUGUAUGGGUGGCGCGGCGGCGGGGGCGCUCGAGAACACAUUGUGAUUUCUUUAUAAAACGUUGUAAUGUACUGUAAGUAGCCCAAGAAAAAAAAUAAUCCUGUAAGUCCGAACAUAAGCGAAAAAACAACUUUUGGGAGGACAAAUCAAUAAAAUAAGAUGCAAAUCUAACGCCUGAGUUUUAUUUACAUCGUCCGACGCGGCAAUGUGACUAUCUGACGAGACCUGUCGGCCGACUCGUCGACCUCCCGCUUUAUAAUAACAAUAAUAAUCUAAAAUAGUAAAAGUGCAUCGAUUACCAUAUCCGCUGACGAGUGGCCUGAGACUCGCUGUACUAUUCAUGUACCUGUUACCUACUAAACUUUACAUAAAAUGAUUUUAUACAUACAUAUACAAAAAUAAAAGAUUUUUUUACGUUUCUCUAUAUUUUAUUACCUGCAUCUACAUUCUUUUCUAAAUAUCUAAAUGUUUACAGAGAGCGCUUGUUAUUUCCAGCACUUACAUAUGUGUUGGUUCCUUUUUUAUAGAAGGCAAACUUGUUUGUUUAACUAUACACAUAUAUAUAAGUAAAUAAUGUGCGCUGUCGGGAUUAUUUUUAAAAGCUAUAUCCACAGCCACAGCUAUAUCAAACAGGUCAUAAGGACCUUUCGUUUUCGAGAGACUAUUGCAUAAAUUAG